GACACAUCGCAGGGACUGAGCCUCAAGCGUUUCCACAAACACAAGAGAGUGAGACUUCCGUCUACCACACAAUGCCUUAUAGAGCUCUACUGGUGUGUCUGGUGAUCGGCUGCUGGGUUAUAGGGCCCGGGGAAACAUCGGGUUGUGAGUGGAGCAACUGGGUGGUUGCGGAUGAAUGUCAUGAUCCGAUUAAUUGCCAAGGCGUCCGAGUCGAUACCCGCACCAGGAGCUGUCAGUCUUGGGGCCCAGACAUGCAAACGAGGAGUGCAGCUUGUGAUGGCUACUGCAAACCAUGUGAUGCGUGGAGCGAGUGGCGACAGCACACACCCACACGAUUCCAACGGCAGUCAUUUCGUGGCUCUGAGAGGCGCUACAGACUAUGCCAUCUGUUCUUUGCAUCAGUGAUGAAAUUCUUCCAGUUCCGAUAGGUCGUCCACAUAGAUUGUGGCUUCAGGCCCAUGUGGAUAAUCACCAUGGACAUUUUACCAGCCACAGGAAUAAACAGAGUUUUUCGGUA